AUGGAUGCUAAUGAAGAACAGGAAAUUCAAGCCGCCACGGCCUCGGAACCACUUACUCUGGAAGAAGAGUACGCCAUGCAGCGCAGCUGGCGCCAGGACGCCGAUAAGCUGACUUUUAUUGUCUGUUUGCCUGUUCUCCGGUCUCAGUCUCAGACCGAAGGUCAAGACAGGCCAGGGUUACGGCUAAACGAGGGAGAUGAUGCUCCCGGGCAAAUGCUCGGCGAUAUCAACCUCUUCCUCCGGGUUGAGGACGAGGACGAAGACGGGCCGUCCUCGCCGGAGAUGAUCGGGGAGAUUGAGCUGAUGAUUGCCGAGAGGACAAAUCAGCGGAAGGGGUAUGGGCGGGCUGCUCUGCUUUCGUUUCUGCGGUAUGUGCUUGAGCAUGAGGGGGAGAUACUGGGGGAGUUUGUGCGGGGGAGCGAGAGUGCUGGCGCUACGCUACAAGGGAGGACGGACUGGAGGUUUGGCGCGCUGAGUGUGAAGAUUGGGAAGGAGAAUGAGCGCAGUCUGGCGCUGUUUGAGAGUGUUGGGUUCUGCAAGGUGAGCGAGGAGCCGAGUUAUUUUGGGGAGUUUGAGUUGAGGAGGAUGCGGAGAGAGCUGUCGCGGGAGAGUGUGGAUGAGGCGAUGGCGACGGCUGGUGUUGAGGGAUAUACUGAGGUGUCGUAUGAGAGGACUGAAUGA